AUGACCAUUCACUAUAGUUGUAUUGCAAGGGGCACAACUGUGCUGUGCUCCCAAGAAACAGGGUCAGGUAACUUCUCUGAAACUCUUCGAUCAAUGCUUCCAAACAUUCCAGUCCAGACAGAUGGAAAGAAGACAUACACAUCAAACAAUUACGAUUUUCACUGCCUCAUUGAGAAUGGCAUCCUGUAUAUAUGUGCCACAGAGAAUGGAAUCAGCAAACAGCAGCCAUAUGGGUUCUUGAAUGAGAUAAAACGUCGUUUUCAGUCGGGGGCGUUAGCUAACCGGGCUGACACUGCUGGUCAUGGAGAACUUGACAGAGACUUUGACUUUGUUUUAACUCAGCAAAUGCAAAAGUUUUCUCAGCCUGGAUCUGGAAGCAGUGGGGCUGUGGCCGCAGUUCAGGCUCAAGUGGAUGAAGUGAAAGGGGUCAUGUCACAGAACAUUGAACGGGUUCUUCAAAGAGGAGACAAGCUGGAAGACCUUAUGGACAAAACAGAAGAACUAGAAGCAGGGGCAGCAACAUUUCAGAGGACAGCUAGAAAAAUACAGAAACGCUACUGGUGGCGAAACAAGAAGAUGACCCUAAUUUUGGUUUGUGUAGGACUGAUUGCUAUUAUCAUCAUAGUCCUCAUCAUCUUGUUUUCAACCCAUGUUUUGCCGCCUAAAAGUGAUGACAGUGGUAGCCAGGCCACAACCAAGACUCCGUAA